GCGGCGGCGAGCACCAUGUCGGAGGAGCAGUUCGGCGGGGACGGGGCGGCGGCGGCGGUAGGCGGCUCGGCGGCGGGCGAGCAGGAGGGAGCCCUGGCGGCGGCGGCGGCGGCGGCGCCGGGGGCAGCAGCGGCGGCGGCGGCGGCAGCAGCGGGCGGCGGCGGCGCCGGGACCGGGGGCGGCGGCUCCGCGGCCGGAGGCCCCGAAGGGGGCAGCGCCGAGUCGGAGGGGGCGAAGAUCGAUGCCAGUAAGAACGAGGAGGAUGAAGGCCAUUCAAACUCCUCCCCACGACACUCUGAAGCAGCGACGGCACAGCGGGAAGAAUGGAAAAUGUUUAUAGGCGGCCUUAGCUGGGACACUACAAAGAAAGAUCUGAAGGACUACUUUUCCAAAUUUGGUGAAGUUGUAGACUGCACUCUGAAGUUAGAUCCUAUCACAGGGCGAUCGAGGGGUUUUGGCUUUGUGCUAUUUAAAGAGUCGGAGAGUGUAGAUAAGGUCAUGGAUCAAAAAGAACAUAAAUUGAAUGGGAAGGUGAUUGAUCCUAAAAGGGCCAAAGCCAUGAAAACAAAAGAACCUGUUAAAAAAAUAUUUGUUGGUGGCCUUUCUCCAGAUACACCUGAAGAGAAAAUAAGGGAGUACUUUGGUGGUUUUGGUGAGGUGGAAUCCAUAGAACUCCCCAUGGACAACAAGACCAAUAAGAGGCGUGGAUUCUGCUUUAUAACCUUUAAGGAAGAGGAACCAGUGAAGAAGAUCAUGGAAAAGAAAUACCACAAUGUUGGUCUUAGUAAAUGUGAGAUAAAAGUAGCCAUGUCCAAGGAACAGUAUCAGCAGCAGCAGCAGUGGGGGUCUAGAGGAGGGUUUGCAGGAAGAGCUCGUGGAAGAGGCGGUGGCCCCAGUCAAAACUGGAACCAGGGAUAUAGUAACUAUUGGAAUCAAGGCUAUGGCAACUAUGGAUAUAACAGCCAAGGUUACGGUGGUUAUGGAGGAUAUGACUACACUGGUUACAACAACUACUAUGGAUAUGGUGAUUAUAGCAACCAGCAGAGUGGUUAUGGGAAAGUAUCCAGGCGAGGUGGUCAUCAAAAUAGCUACAAACCAUACUAAAUUAUUCCAUUUGCAACUUAUCCCCAACAGGUGGUGAAGCAGUAUUUUCCAAUUUGAAGAUUCAUUUGACGGUGGCUCCUGCCACCUGCUAAUAGCAGUUCAAACUAAAUUUUUUGUAUCAAGUCCCCGAAUGGAAGUAUGACGUUGGGUCCCUCUGAAGUUUAAUUCUGAGUUCUCAUUAAAAGAAAUUUGCUUUCAUUGUUUUAUUUCUUAAUUGCUAUGCUUCAGAAUCAAUUUGUGUUUUAUGCCCCUCCCCCCCAGUAUUGUAGAGCAAGUCUUGUGUUACAAGCCCAGUGUGACAGUGUCAUGAUGUAGUAGUGUCUUACUGGUUUUUUAAUAAAUCCUUUUGUAUAAAAAUG